CUAGAAGGUGGAUGACGCAUGCGCAGUUCCUCAGACUGCCACUGGGCAAGGACAUAAGGAGAGUACAUUUGUAUAACGUUAAAAACAAAUUUAUUAUCUUUCUAAAUCACACAGGAUUUUGCGUCAAUCAGAUUUGGAUACUCUCUCGCAUCUCUGCAAAGUGAGCUGACGCUCCACAUCAUUUCAUCUGAUUCUUUGAGGACAGCAAGGUUUUGAAGGACUGAAGUUGCACUGUGAAUGAGUGACUAACCAGAGACAGCGGUGGAUGGGAGAGUUUGCGUUUCCUCCUCUUUGAGUAGUGGAAUGAUGUCAUCUUUCUGAGACUCCAUCGAGGUUUCCUCAGCACCCUGACUUGAAUGGCUGUGUGCAGAGGGGGUGUCUCUCUUUGGGUGGGGUGUGUCAGAAACCAUGGCGGCAGGCAACCUAUGAAGAAACAGUGCUGGAAUUUAUGUCAGACGACCGAGUUUCACUUGAAUGACAACUGUAGGAGCCUGAGCAGUGCAUCAUGGGCCUUGGCUCCUCCAAACAGUCUACGUUACCUGUCUGUUAAACAGCCAUCCCUGUCUCAUCCCUUCCACCACGCAUGCCAGCCAAACCAAGCGGCCAACCUAGAGGAGGAGGAGGAAUGGGAAGAGGCGGUCAGCUUGCGCGUUCUGCUCAAACCCUGUGAGACCGAUGAGCAGCACACUUUGGUGGAGGUGCCCUUUUUUGGGCCGGCCAAACUAAGCGAGCUCCUUGCCUUGGGGCCCAACAGACCCUUUGACUUACUUUUUCCUUUAACCACUGUCGAUGGGAGCAGAGAGGAUGAUAUUAGCAUUACCGGAAAGGUAGGGACAGACACGGAGAGAGGUUCCUUCAGGAGUCUGUUUGAGGCCGAGGGAUGCCCUGCGCCUUUUAUGUUGGGAUCUCGCUUCUUUUGCUUUCACUGCCCCGGGAUGAAGUCUGCCUCUGAGAUUGGGGACAAAUCAGGAAAGGGACAGGACGAGCAGAGCUUCUAUCCAGCCCUCCGUGGCAUACAUUGCAGCCAUGCUGAGACUGAGAGAGUGGACAACAGCUCUAGCCAACGAGACAUGGAGAAUGAGGAGAAACUGGCCCUGAUGUAUGAAAAGCUGAGGGUGGAGCUGCCCCGUUUCUUUGUGAAAAAUCAUGACUACAGCAUAUACUCUGAAGAUGUUGAGUUCAUCAAUGGUCUUCUCAACACAAAGACAAGGGGUCGUAUGGCGUACCAGCUGACUCUGACGGUUUGGCGGUUGAUGUGUCUGUGUUACUAUGCGGAGGCUCAGCUGGAAGUCCUGAAGCUGACCAAGCAUCCAGAAGAUGGCUCAAUCAAAGCUCGCUGGAGAAUCAAAGGCCUGCCCUUCCACUCCAUUCUGGUGUUCUUCUACAAGAAAGACAAGAACGGUCUCUACAGAACAUAUGAUGCAUUCUCCACCUUUUAUGUUGGCUCUGAUGGACGAAUACACCGUCAUAAAGUUGAAAAGGUUAUGGAGGCUCGCCCCCCCUUGCUUCCCAAAGUGACCUCAGUGCUGGCCGGGGCUCUGGUGGCCCUGGGCAUUCAGGAACACCGACCUGCCCUCAACCUGCUCCCACUCCUGCUGUCUUCCUUCCGACAGGCCCGAGCAUGAGCCGCAGAGCCAGAAGUGUGGAUGUGUAUGCUCAGAAGAACUUAUGUUUGGUCACACCAUUAAAAAGACUUAAAAAGAUGCAGCGCUAUAUUGUGUGGGUAGAGUGAAUGAGAUGUUGGUAACUGUUUUUGGGGGGAGUGGGGGAAUAUUUGCAGGUACAAGAGCAAACAAAAGUUAAAACUGUUCUCACUAGAAACAAUCUUCUGUGUGCACGCUUUCCAUUAUUUGAACAUCACCAAACUGGAAUCAGUUACCUCAAUACUCUGGUUUGUAUUGCAACAGGUUUCGGAGCCUAGCUAAUAUAUGUACUCCACUAUAAGGCAGGAUAACCCACUAGCCUAUCAUUUGAGCCAUCACUAAUUAGGAGGUUGAAACGCACAACUCUUUAACAAAUAGGUUUUGAUGACAUUUCUGUAGAGGUAAAUUCACGGUCAUUUUAAACAAGUCUGCUGAGACUGACGCUGUAAAACUUUAUGGCUUUUAAGUACGGUGGGUUGAUAAAGUUCUUCUCAGUGAUAGUAACAAAUCAUCAGAGGUGGUGGACUAAGGAAUUGUGCACGGUUAGUCUUGAUCGGUGUACAUUGUGGUGAUUCAUUAUAUAUUUUUUAUUAUAUUUAUAUAUUAAUUUGGGUUUUCAUCAGUUGCUCUGAUUUAAAUGUUGUAGAGACUGAUACCUGCUUUCAGCUGUUUCAUUUAGUAGCAAAAACCAAUAAAAGGUGUCAGGGUUGCUGCCUUUUUCAUGACCUUUGAGGGAAAGUGAUGGUAGGUACUGCCUUUUGAGGGUAGCGUUUAAUUGUUUUGGGCUUGUUCAUCGCUUUCAAUGCACAAUGCAAGUUAUUAAGUUCCCUGCAUAAUAACAUUGCCAAAUCCGCACUGGUCUUACUUAAAAAGACAUGCCGUCCAUGUAAAUUUAAGCACUUUUAAGUCCACAGUUGAUGCUUUCAAAAUUAUUUUUCAUUCAAAUAUGUUCAGGAGUGUAUUUCCAUAUGCAAAACUCUAUCAUUAAUGUACAGUAUAACCUAUACAUUGUUAAGGAUAGAGGUUUGCAGAUAGUGAAUUUGUCUCCUGGUUAAUUGGUCGGUUCAAUUCAGGAGUCAUUGGUUCAAUAUUUGACUUUUAGUGCAUUUGGUGUGAUAACACAUGCUGUCCACCCACCACAUACAUUACCAUGUGUUUUAAUGUUUCCAAUUGCUUUGACAUCCUGUGGUAAAGACAUAAACCAAACAUUUUUAAUCAACUUCCUGUAUCACAAAGUAGUCAGAACACAUCUUUGUCAAGUGCUUGCGCUUUUAAAUGGACAAUAAAGCAUUUGUUGUCACUGUAAUCUGCAAUUCAGUUUCAAAGGUUGAAACAGAACCAUAAACAUCAUAGCUGAGUCAUUGUUCUGCUGUGAUUAGUUUUGAGCUAAUUACCCAAAAACCUGAAUUUAUUGUGGGACAAAUAAAAUGCGUACUGUCAUUGAUA